CCUGUUUCCUGCAAAUCUUGUUGCUGCGGCUUUCCGAACGUACGCAACAGAAUACAAGAUGAUACUCAGAAACACUACCUCUGGAAAUGUCACAUGGGAAAAGAUCCCUGUUGGUACUGAGAUAGAAGGGAUGAAUAUCCUGGGACUGGUGCUCUUUGCUCUGGUUUUAGGAGUGGCGCUGAAGAAGCUUGGCCAGGAAGGGGAAGAUCUGAUUCGAUUUUUUAAUUCAUUCAAUGAGGCAACUAUGGUCUUGGUUUCCUGGAUUAUGUGGUAUGUACCUAUUGGCAUUAUGUUCCUUGUUGGGAGCAAGAUUGUGGAAAUGGAAGAUAUUAUGCUUCUGGUGACCAGCCUGGGAAAAUACAUUUUCGCCUCUAUUCUUGGCCACUUCAUCCAUGGAGGAAUCAUUCUGCCACUUAUUUAUUUUGCAUCCACGCGUCAAAAUCCAUAUCGUUUUCUCUUAGGACUUAUCACACCCUUUGCCACUGCUUUUGCCACUUGCUCCAGCUCAGCCACUCUCCCGUCGAUGAUCAAGUGCAUUGAGGAGAACAAUGGAGUCGACAAGAGGAUCAGCAGGUUCAUCCUUCCGAUCGGGGCGACCGUAAACAUGGAUGGAGCUGCUAUUUUUCAGUGCAUGGCAGCUGUGUUUAUUGCUCAGCUGAACAACGUUGACCUCAACGCUGGGCAAAUCUUCACAAUCCUCGUGACAGCCACCGCCUCGAGCGUGGGUGCAGCCGGGAUCCCCGCCGGAGGAGUCCUCACCAUUGCUAUCAUCUUGGAGGCCAUUGGACUUCCGACCAACGAUCUCUCCUUGAUAUUAGCGGUGGACUGGAUUGUGGACCGAACCACCACAGUUGUGAAUGUGGAAGGUGAUGCCCUAGGAGCAGGCAUCCUUAAUUACCUGAAUGAAAAAGAAAAGAAAGAAAAAGAGCAGGAGCUAAAGGAAGUCAAUGUAGAAGCAAUUGCUAACAGCAAGUCUGACGGGGAAACAUCGCCUCUGGUAACCCACAAAAACCAAGUCUCCAACGCAACCAGUACAGCAGACCCUGAAUCCAAGGAAUCAGUAUUGUGAACUGGAGGCCGUUUGUCAACACGUGUCCUAGAGGUGGACCGGGGACUUGUUAAAGCACCUUAGACCUUUGCAGUGCUGACAAGGGCUGGAUGGCUCUUGAAAGUUUUCAGUUCCAAUCUUUUUUUUUUUCUU